AUGUCUUUCCCGAACCCGAACGGCAGUCCUGCAUACACUCCCUCGCGCUCUCCCUCAGACAAAUACUGGCAGGCAAGCCGCAGCCCCGGGCCAAGCGGAGGACUGGGGGGUUACGGAUUCUCGCAACCAGCUGGAGUCGCGAAUAACCUGAACAAUUUCUUUUCCGGCGACCGAACGCUUCCAAUGUACAAGGAUAAACCAUUUUUUGCGCCGCGGCGGACGGGCCCAAGACUUCGACGGAGAAGGGUCUUCCAAGGCGUCAUCCUUCUGGUUGUGCUGUUUUGUCUCUGGUACGUCAUUACAGGGCCCAAUAACCCCAAUCGGUCGCCGUGGACGUUAGAUACGAAGAAGGGUGAGAAGCUAUACAAGUGGGUUAAGAGCUUGGAAUCGGAACAGCCUUAUGAUGGCACACCAUUGAAGAACGUCGAUUGGGAUGCGCGACGGGAGAAGGUUCGGGAUGCGUUUAUUGUCAGCUGGGAUGGUUACGAGCAGUAUGCUUGGGGCUUCGACGAGUAUUUCCCAGUUACCAAGAAGGCUAAAAACAUGGUCAAGGGUGGAAUGGGCUGGCAAAUAGUGGAUGCGUUGGACACGCUGAUGAUCAUGAACCUCACGUCGCGUGUACAGCAUGCGCGCACAUGGAUCCACAACUCGCUGGAAUAUAACCAAGACCAUGAUGUGAACACCUUCGAAACGACUAUACGCAUGCUUGGCGGCCUUCUCUCCGCCCAUUAUCUCUCUACAGAAUACCCCAAUCUCGCGCCCAUUACUGACGAUGACAUUGGAUCACCGGGCGAGGAUCUAUACAUCGAAAAGGCUACCGAUCUUGCAGAGAGACUCAUGGGCGCUUUUGAUUCAGGCUCGGGAAUUCCAUAUGCCAGCGUCAACCUCAAUAAGUCCACUGGUAUCCCAGCGCACUCUGGCGGUGGCGCUUCGUCUACGGCUGAGGCAACCACGGUGCAACUCGAGUUCAAGUACUUGGCCAAGUUGACAGGGGAGGCUGAGUACUGGCGCAUUGUAGAAAAGGUGAUGCAAGUGGUUGAUGAGAAUCACAGCCCUGACGGACUUGUUCCCAUCUACCUUCACCCGGACACAGGCAAUUUCAGGGGAUCCAAUAUCCGCCUCGGUAGUAGGGGCGACUCCUAUUAUGAAUACCUUAUUAAGCAAUACCUCCAGACAUCAGAGGAUAUUUAUAAAGAUAUGUGGCAGGAGGCGCUUGUCGGGAUCCGCAAACACCUCAUUACUUAUUCAAAGAAUGCCCGAUUGACCGUGCUGGGCGAGCGACAAAGCGGCCUUGACGGCGACCUUACUCCCAAAAUGGACCACCUCGUCUGCUUCCUCCCAGGGACAAUUGCCCUUGGAGCCACAGGAGGUGUCCCGCUCUCUGAGGCUAAAAAAUCGCCUGAGUGGACGCGCCGACACGACGAGGAAAUCCUCCUCGCCAAAGAACUAACGAAGACCUGCUGGGCAACAUACCUAGCCACAAAGACGGGGCUUGCUGGCGAAAUCUCGUACUUCGAAAUCGAUACACCACACGUCUCGGAACUAGAUCAAUACCCCGAUUCUACAAUCGCCACGGGAACAAACCAAAAGGCAGCCGAUAAAGACCUCCCUCUCAAGUCGCAGCCCCUCUACCCUCUUGCGAAUUCUCAAUCGACUCACAAUUCCUGGCGUGAGGACAUCAUUAUCCGCAGCAACGACAGGCACAAUCUCCAGCGCCCUGAAACUGUCGAGUCUCUACUUUACAUGUACCGCAUUACCGGUGACGAAACCUAUCGCCAUUGGGGAUGGGAGAUGUUCAAGUCAUUCGUCAAACACAGCGCCGUUGUUGAGAAAUCCUCCCACUACGAAACCGAGUCCGGAGACGCGACAACGUACCGGAUCAUAAGCUUCAACUCGCUCUCGAAUGUGAAUACACUUCCCGCUCCUCACCGGGACAACAUGGAAAGCUUUUGGAUGGCAGAGACACUGAAGUACUUCUAUCUUCUGUUUUCGGAUCGCGACUUCCUUCCGCUUGAGGAGAAUGUGUUCAAUACGGAGGCUCACCCGAUGCCGCGCUUCAAACCGACUGGGGAGUUGAAGACUGGCUGGGCGAGGACUAAGGCGCCUGUAUAA